GCACAAGGGACCGAGUUAAUGGAUGACAAAAUCUAAGAUCAUCUUCGAUGUCUUCGUCGAGGAGAUGGCACAACAGAGGGUUAUGAGGCAAUUUGGUCUUCUGCAGUUGGAGCUACCUCCCCCUAUAGAGAACCCGGUGCCAGCACACAUCCACAGGACGACAAGGAAGGGCAUGAACAGGACAACUGCUGACUGGCUAGUUAGACUAGAGCCGUAUGUUAUAGAAUGGGAGACAGCAAACACAAAUCUAUGGCACGAGAAUCACAAUUUCGAUCUUGAUGAAUUCAAUCUCUAUUUGCGGUGCUACAUGACCGGAACACGGUUACGCAUUGUUGAGUACUCCCACCCAGAGGAGAUACCGGAUCCUACUCCGUCGGAUAUGUACCCGAGCUAUGAUACUUCGGGCUCUAGGCAGUACGCGGCUACCUUGACACGCGAACUCUACGACGACGUGACCACCUUUGGACGAUCACUAUCGUCUGGACCUCUUCUUCAUCAUCGUCCAGUGGUACAGCCCUUCUUGGAAAGAAUUCAGAAUAAGAUACAGACUGUGUACGAGGCUAUCACGUGCACCCGGAGAACCGAUGUUGUUCAGCACCAGCAGGAGCAGCCGCGUCACUCCAUGCACCGACAUCAACCACGUCCACGUCUAGCACAUCAGCCGACAACCAGGCCACCCCGUCCUGACCAACCUGGCAGUUCUACGUGGCACCCGCAGCACUAUGGUCCCACGUCGAGCUUCGUGUUUUCUCCACAGCCACAGCAACACGGUCCCUCGUCGAGCUUCGUGUUAUCUCCACAGCCACAGCAGCACGGUCCCUCGUCCAGUUUCGUGUUUGAGCCAGAGCAGGCGUCACAGCCAGCAGGUAUGUGUCUUCAUAUUUAUUUUAGUGAAGUGGACCUCACUUUUGAUUGGUUGAAAACUAAAUUCAUGUUGAAGCAAGGGUUGAAGGAAGACGAUUUUGUGUACUACGUCAGCAGGAAGCAGUUAGAUGGCCCUGGGGAAAGAAAAUCGAUUGACAUAACUGAUGAUGGCAAGAUUCAAGAAAUGUUGAGCGAAUGGGAAUGGAAAAGGGUUGUUGAGUUGCAUUGCUACAGGAAACCCAGUUAUAUGUGA